AUGCCUAAACUUCUCAAAAGAGAACCCCCUCCCCUCCCAAUCCAGAAUCUCUAUCUCUCCACCCCCAAAGGGCCCAAACCAUGUGGAGGCUCUUACGCAGUCAUGCUGCCACAAAAACAAGAUCUUUAUUUCACGGACACUCCUACAGUAGCAGACAACUCACCCCACAAAAUCAAGACUCAAUUCAAGAGGUCACCAACAUUCUCAAGCAUAAUAACUGGGAAUUCCUCUUAAACUCAUCAGACAUACACAAGAAGCUAAACCCAGAUGUGGUCCGCACAGUUCUUCACCAAAACCAGAUAGGUGACUCCAAACGCCUUCUCGGUUUCUUCCACUGGUCUGAACACAAACUGGGUAUUCAGCCUGAUUUGGAUAUUUUGUCAAUUUUAGCUGUUACUCUUUGUAACUCUCAUUUAUAUGGACUUGCAUGUAAAAUGCUUGAGCGGAUGAUGACAAUGUGUUUAUCUCCACAAAUUGUUUUGGGUUCAAUUCUUAGUUGUUAUAGAGAAUGUAAUAAUGGGUCUAGUUCGAAUCCUGUUGUUUUUCAAUUAUUGAUGGAUACAUAUCGGAAAAGUGGUUUCUUGUUUGAAGCUGCUGGGUUGUUUUUGGGUCCUAAAGAGGUUGAAUUUUUGCCUAAUUUGUUGACUUGUAAUUCUUUGUUGAGAGAUAUGUUGAAAGCUAAUAAGUUAGAGUUGUUUUGGAAGGUGCUUGGAGCAAUGUCAGAGGCAAACAUUCCGUUUGAUGUUUAUACUUUCACCUAUAUGAUUAAUGCUCAUUGUAAUGUUGGCAACGUUAAUGAGGCCACAAGAUUACUCGUUCAUAUGGGAGAAAAGGGUUGCAGCCCAAAUAUAGUGACAUACAAUGUGGUGAUUGGAGGUUUGUGUAGAGCUGGUAAACUUGAUGAAGCUACUGAUAUGAAGAACUCCAUGGCUAAGAAACGGUUGGCCCCUGAUGUAUAUACUUAUGCUACACUUAUUAAUGGAUUUUGUGCAGCGAAGAGACCUACAGAUGCAAAAAUGGUAUUGUCUGAGAUGGCUGCUGCAGGUUUGAAGCCUGACAAAUACGCCUAUAAUGCUUUGCUUGAUGGGUUGAUUAAGCAGGGUGAUUUGGAUGAGGCUUUUAAAGUCUGGAAUGAGAUGACUGCUAGUGGUGUUCAAACAGACUUGGCCAUAUAUCGUACACUUCUUAAUGGGGUUUGUAAGGCUGGUAAGAUGGAGAAAGCACUAGAACUCAUGCAGGAGAUGGCUACAAUGGGCAUAAAACCUGAUUCCAGAACUUAUACGUUGUUGAUUGAGGGUUGUUGUCGGCAGCAAAAUAUGGUUGGCGGUUUUCAACUUCUUGAGGAGAUGAAGAAGAGGAACUUGGAACCCACAGUGAUAACUUAUGGUGUGCUAAUUAAUGGACUCUGCCGCAGUGGAAAUCUCCAACGGGCCAGUGCUAUUCUUGAGGAAAUGACUAACAUGAAUUUGAAACCAAAUGUUAUUAUCUACACAACUCUUGUGACAGCUUAUGCUCAAGAAGGUAAAUGUGAAGAUGUGAAAAGGAUUUUGGAGGUAAUGGGUGAGCAGGGGAUUAAUCCAGAUAUAAUUUGCUAUAAUUCUCUUAUAGUGGGACUGUGCAAAGCUAAUAAGAUGGAAGAAGCAAGGAUUUAUUUGGGUGAAAUGUUGGAGAGAGGCCUCAAGCCGAAUGAGUAUACAUAUGGAGCUUUCAUUAAUGGAUAUUGUAAGGCAGGGAAGAUGCAGAUUGCAGACAGGUACUUCAGUGAGAUGCUAGGUUGUGGUCUAAUCCCAAAUGAUGUAGUUUACACAGCUUUGAUCGGUGGGCACUGCAAAGAGGGGAACAUAACAGAAGCCUUCUCUGCAUUUAGAUGUAUGCUUGCACGAGGUAUUCUCCCGGAUGUUCAAACAUAUGGCGUGCUCAUCCAUGGUCUCUUGAGGAAUGAAAAAAUGCAAGAAGCUAUUGAAAUCUUUUUAGAACUCUGUCAAAAGGAUCUUAUCCCUGAUGUUUUCAUUUAUAACGCCUUCAUAUCUAGUUUUUGUAAACAUGGUGAUGUGGAGAAAGCUUUUCAACUUCACAGAGAGAUGUGCACAAAAGGUGUUGAUCCAAACAUAGUUACUUACAAUGUCUUAAUCAAUGGACUGUGUAAACUGGGUGAAACUGAGAGAGCUAAAAAUUUGUUUGAUGACAUUUCUGAAAAAGGUUUGACACCAAACACUGUGACAUAUGCUACAAUGAUAGAUGGUUAUUGCAAAUAUGGGAAUGUUACUGCAGCAUUCAAAUUGUUAGAUGAGAUGGUACAAAAGGGUGUCUCACCAGAUAAUUUUGUUUUCAAUGCCCUUCUACAUGGUUGCUGCAAGGAUGGGAAUUUGGAGAAAGCUCGGGAGUUAUUUCAGGAAAUGUUGCAGAAGGGCUUUGCUUCAACUCUAUCUUUUAAUACAAUGAUUGACGGGUUCUGCAAGAGUGGAAAGCUGCAAGAAGCCAAACACUUGUUGGAACAAAUGUCAGGAAAACAGCUUAUGCCUAAUCACAUCACAUACACUACUCUUAUUGAUCAUUAUUGCAAGGAGGGAAUGAUGGUGGAAGCAAAACGGUUCUUCUUGGAGAUGCAGGAAAGGGGUUUGACUCCUACCACCAUAACCUAUACAGCCCUUCUUCAUGGUUAUGGCGUGGUAGGUGAUAGAUCAGAGGUUUUUGCCCUAUUCCAGGAUAUGGUGGCAAAGGGGAUCAAGCCUGAUAAGAUUACCUAUUAUAUGAUGCUGGAUACUUAUUGUAAAGAAGGAAACUUGGUGGAAUCAUUGAAGCUGUGGGAUGAGAUGUUGGAUAUGAGUGUGGAAAUGACUACAACUACCUAUGAAGCUCUCAUUCAUGUCCUGUGCCUGAAAGGAAAAUAUCCUGAUGCGUCAAGACUGCUUGGUGAAAUGGGAGAAAAAGGACUUGAGCUGAGUCUUGCUACAUGUGGCACCAUAGCUCGUGGUUUUCUUGAGACGGGCAAAAUAAAUGAAGCUGAACUUGUUUUGGGGAGCAUGCGAAGGUUUGGAUGGGUUUCAGAUUCCACUAGUUUAAGUGACCUAGUUGAUAAUAACCAAACUGAUGUAAAUUCCAAGGAAGCUGUGAGAAACCAAGCUGAAACGGAUUGUGAGGAUGGUACUAAGAAUCUCAUAAAGCAAGUGGUAUAAUGAGUUGCUUUUGAGGACUAUCCGAAUUACAUCAUGGCUGCUUCUGCUGCUUCAUCUGUAACCCAACAACUCCUUAGGGCAAGCAGGAGCAACAAGAGUCAAUCCAUCAUUUGGUUUGGUGGUCAUCAUAGCUGCCAGAAUUCAGGUUAACUGAAAGAGGCUGCUUCUACUCUUACAAAUGGGUGACCCUUUAAGUGCAUCAGCAGAUCCGAGACUUGGAAAGUUUCAGGUUGAUCCUUGACAUCACCAGUUACAUCAUCAAAAAGAGAAGAAUCUUCAAGCAAUCCGAUGGUGAAUUAAUGAUUUUUGGGCUUUCUGAUAUCAGCAGGUAUUUGGUGUUCUUAUUAUGAAUAUUGAAAAGCUCCCGUGGCGCCAUUUAAACAUGACUCUAAUCAGAUGGAGUACACCUCUGAAGUCACAUAAUGCAUCCUGUUGUUUGCUGUGACUCGUGAUGUAGCUUUUGUAGAGUAAUCAAUCAUUGAAUGUUGUUCAAUUUUUCAGUUGUAAAGGUUAUCAUCAAUCAUCACCACCAUUUGUCUAUUCCUAUUUACCCUCUAAAAAGUUUUAGUAAACAGCCAUGGUGCUUCGUAAACUGUGUAAGAGGAAGACUUGAAUAUUUUUUUCUCCCAAUAACUUUGUCUGCUU